AUGAUCUUCAGGUCGAAGAACCUGAAUCCAGGCAGCAUCUCGUCGAAAGCAGAUGCCGACAAGCUGUUUCGGCCGUACCUUUCGGUAUCCAUCCAGGAAUCGUCCGCGGCUGGACCAGCUGCUGAAGGGGCCGCCACGGGAGCAGCUGUCGGAGGGGCCGGAUCAGCAGGAGAGGCUUCUGGAUAGAAGCUGUGCCUGUUCAAAACCCCCCGUGCGCAGAGAAAGUGAACGCAGGUGGGAGGCCGCAAGGUGGCACCAUCGACCGACUUUGUCUCUUUGGAGGCGAGUUGCUGUGGUUUGGUUUGCCGUGUGUCUAGCUUUCGGUUGCGUUUAACGCCAACAGAAGGCAACGGGCCGCCUCUCUGUGUACGGUGUCUGCGUCGCGGACUUGGCAUGUUUUUAAUUUGGUUUCGGUUUUCCCUGUAAUGAGAGAUGACGACUCUUGCUGCAUUUUUGGUUUUUGUCGUGGGGGCACGGACUUUUGUACGCUUACGGCUGAUCAUGUAAUUUUCGACAUCACCUCGGUGUGUUUGUUUCUUAUCAUUAUCACAUGUGCACAACACGGAGGUCGUCGACGCUGCAGGGUGGGCGGUGCGAGUCGAAUGGUAGGGUACUCUGCGCGUAAAAACAGACAGUCUUGUUCCUUUGUUGCUGUGGACUUAUCAUGUGUCUUCAAAUAUGUUUCGUAUUUUUGCCGGUGACUGCAGACCGUGCUGUGUUUUUUUUGUUGUCGCGGUGGGGAGGUUACGUAAACUCACGGGUGAUCAUGUGUUUGUCGAGAGAGGCUCAAGGGUGGGUCUGUAUCCUGUUCAUGUGUAUGAUACUGUGAGCUCGUCGACUUUGCACGGCGGACGGUGCCCGUCGAAUGGCACAGGGUUCGGUACCGUUUUUGUUGUGAUGAUUUGUCUUUGGUUUUACAUCUGUCGUAGGGUGGUGACUCUUUUGCUGUGGUGUUGGUAGUCGUGGCUGACGAAGGACGUGCGCGAAGCCGCGGACUUUCCUCGCCAAUGACUUUCUGUGGUUUGUUGCGAGUACACGUCUUAUCCGCGUGUUCGUUGUUAUCGUAUCCGAUUCAUGCGUAUGCACUUGUAAAAUGCUGAGUUCCUCGAGGACGGUACAGACUGCGCGUAGAUGUAGACAGGGGUGUGUCUCUUCUUGCGCCCCUGCGUGCUGGGGCGUUCGUCGCGUUGUGGUCUGUGGGUGUUCAAUUGUGUUGGCUAUAUUUUUGCUUGUCGUAUGCAUACGAUGGAGAGAGUGAGAAAGGGGGUUGUGGUGAUAUCUCGGCGGUGCGUUUUGUGGCAUACUGUCUCUGUGUAGCUUUCUGACGUGCGCACCGCCUCCACUAAGACGAAACCAUUCUCUUGUGAAUGCGUGGCGCUUCGUGUUGUAGCGUGUCAUGUGGAAAGGGUGAUGACACUCGUGUGGUAUACAGCAGCUUUGUGCCCCGCCAGCUGCUUGUUCCAUGCCUACCAUGGUGUUUUUGUACAGACAGCACUUCAGACAGCAUUAUGCUGUAGUCGGCAAUCUUCCGUUUUGGUAUAGAGUGGGACAGGGAGGGGGUGAUGCUACUGUAGUCGAACGGUGGGACGGACGUGCAGUUCAGUUUUUGGGCACGCAUACGGUGCUGCAGGGAUUUUUAGGUGUAACUCUUCGGGCUCUUGCAUACCUUUUUCUCGUCAGAUGUGUGCGUGUUCUUUAGAUCCU